AUGUCAGGCAUCGAUUACUAUGCCGCUCUUGGGAUCACAACCAAAGCAAGCCAGCAGCAAAUCAGAGAUGCAUAUAAGAAAGCAGCACUCAGGACACACCCUGACCGCGUCCCCUCCGACUCCCCAGAACGCCCCGAACGAACCCGCAAAUUCCAGCUCAUAAACGACGCCUACUACACGCUCUCAGACCCUACGCGCCGCCACGACUACGACGCCGCGCGCACCUACCACGGCUUCGGCAGCGGGGCCUCCACAGCAUCCACAGCCUUCGAUUCCGAGGAGGAUAUCCCGGACCCUGGGGCCGACGCCUCUGCCCCGGGUGGUUUCCCAUGGUCGAGUUUUGGCUUCAAGGCGAAGAAUACAGAGGAGAAGACCAAGUUUGAGAACGAGCAGUUUGGCGAUGUGUUUGAAGAGAUGUUGAGGGAGGAGGGUAUGGCUGAGAGUGGGGGAAAGCCUACGGGUUUGUUCUGGAGUGUGGUGGGUGGUUUGAGUGGUGGUGCUAUGGGCUUCAUCAUGGCGAAUUUCCCGGGGAUGGUUGCUGGUGCUGUCGCGGGCAAUAGGAUGGGUGCUGUGAGGGAUGCGAAGGGGAAGUCAGUAUAUCAAGUAUUUACCGAUCUUCCGCAGGGGGACAAAGCAAGGCUUUUGAGCCAGCUUGCUCAGAAGGUCUUCAGUCAUGCGGUCGGUAUCUCGUGA